AUGGGCAACGCUUGCUCUGAGUCCCCUGUGGUGGGUGCAGAGGUGGCGAUUCAGCGGGGCCUUCCUCCCGUGAAGAAGGCGACGGGCCCAAGUGUGGCAAUCGUCUACUAUUCCACCUAUGGCCACGUGAAGGUCAUGGCAGACGAGAUCAAGAAGGGUUUGGAGUCCACGGGUGUCAGUGUAGACCUUUUCCAGGUCCCAGAAACCCUGCCUGCCUCGGCUCUUCAAGCCAUGGGGGCCCCGGACAAGCCUGCAGAUGUCAUGCUGCUGGAGCGUGCGUUCCUCUCCGAGCUGCCGAAGUAUGAUGGCUUCAUGUUCGGCAUGCCCACUCGCUUCGGCAUGAUGGCUUCGCAGAUGAAGGCCUUCUUUGACGGAACUGGGAGCCUCUGGCAGAAUGGGGCCUUGGCAGGAAAGCUGGGUGCCACCUUCGUGAGCACCGGCACGCAGCAAGGGGGACAGGAGACUACACACUUUACAGCCGUCACACAGCUUGUCCACCAUGGUAUGUGCUAUGUUCCCUUGGGGUACCAGGCCGGCGGCGAGGGCCAGUUCGACCUCAGCGAGAUCCACGGCGGAUCUCCUUGGGGUGCCAGCACUUUGGCCGGCGCGGACGGCAGCCGGCAGCCAUCGGCACUGGAGCUGAAGAUCGCUAAGAGGCAGGGGGAAGUCUUCGGUACUGCCGUGAAGCGCACGACUGCGCCAGCAGCAUCCAAGAAGGCGAAGGUCUGCAUCGUCUACUACAGCAUGUACGGUCACGUCAAGAAGCUGGCUGAUGAGAUCGCUGCCUCUAUGAAAGAGGAGGGCGUGAGUGUGGACAUGUUUCAAGCACCGGAGCUUCUGGGUGCUGACGUGCUCAAAAAGAUGGGAGCUCCUGCAAAGCCCUCGGACACUGUCAUGGAUCAUGCGAAGGUCCAGCAGCUGGCAGACUACGACGGCCUGAUGUUUGGGAUCCCCACCCGCUUCGGGAGUGCGUCAGCCCAGAUGAAGGCUUUCUUCGACAGCACUGGCUCACUGUGGCAGAGCGGCGCACUUGCAGGGAAACUGACGGGAAGCUUCUGUAGCACCGGCACCUUGAACGGUGGCCAGGAGUCCACCCACAUGACCACGAUGACCAACAUGGUGCAUCACGGCAUGAUCUAUGUACCCUUAGGCUACCAGGCGGGUGGCGAUGGUCAGUUUGACAUGACGGAGAUUCACGGAGGCUCGCCCUGGGGUGCCAGCACAUUUGCUGGGGCCGACGGCAGCCGCCAGGCCAGCGUCACGGAGCUGAAGAUAGCACGCCGCCAAGGAAAGGUCUUUGCGUCCAGGGUGAAGCAGAUGAUGAAGUGA